UGUACACGGCCUAGAUCUAGUAAGUUCGGAAUGGAAGGAUAAAGUUUUUCAUUUUUACCAUGUAAAUCAAUGUGAUUAUAGGGAAAAAACGCAUUUGUGAGCCCACUCUUUUACAUAAAAACGAUUUUAAAGCGUUUAAAAGAAUUGCCGUUUAACCGGAGUGUCGCAUGUCUCUUGAGCGUGCCCUUGUCAUUACGCGGGACCUGAUGGAGGAAAUGGUGAGAGUCACACAGCAGAAUGGCGGGCAGUUGAGUGGAACAGAGAAGAAACUUGAACUGUCCAAAAUUCAAAACAACGACAACAAUCAUCAAAUGUGAAAUAUUUUUCUCCUCCAUACGUGCUGAACGAUUUCGUAAACGGAAAUAGAUAUACAUCGUUUUAGAAUAGUGGUUUAUGUUUUGACAAUUUCCUUUCAAAAAUCCAACAUGGCGGGGACUCUAGGAUUGUCGUGUACUUCCGGGAUAUUUGUAGUCGCUUUGCUUCAACUUUACGUAUCUUUGGUGAGUGGUCAGAAGCCAGAGAUCGUGAACAACAUCUACCCGGAUGUACAGAGGGUCGGGGGUACGGCCAGGCUCAACUGUACUGUGGCGAGACUCGGCCAGAACUCGGUCCAGUGGUCCUUCAAAGGGAAGCAAGGAGAUGAGGUGAUCAGUAUCAACGAACGCAUCCAGGUGAUCAAUAUCAGGAAGGGAUCCAUUCCCAAUUAUGA